GCUAGGGAGUCACAGUGCAUGAUUCUAAGAGGACUAAUCAACAGCUAGACAAGGAAGGAUUUCCCUGCUCUUUCUUAGGACAUAAUAUAUAUACAUAAAACAUACAUUACAUAUACAUAAUAACCACAGGACUUCAUAUCUGAUGGGACUAAUGUCACACAGCACAAGGAGCCAAAUGGAAUUAUUGCAGAUUGCACUUUGACCCCUCACAAACGGGACUGCUUCUUCUUGUUAAAAUACAGGAUGGCCCACACACUGCACUUUGGUCACACCAGACGAAAACCUCCAGAGUUCAGCCAACGCGACCGUGGAACAAAGGAGAUCAUGAGACGGCCGAAAAAGGCAAAUUCCUACAUUUGUUCUUCUAGGAACUCUGUGUCUCCUUUGGCUCAACAAAACAUGAACAACAGCAACAACAACGACGGCAAACAAAAUGACAAGAAAGAAGAACCCAAAAAUGAAAAGAAAGAUGAGAAGAAGGAGGAACCCAAGAAAGAUGACAAGAAAGAUGACAAGAAAGAUGACAAGAAAGACGACAAGAAAGACGACAAGAAAGAUGACAAAAAGGAAAAAGAAAAGGAGCUGUGGGUCAUUGACCCUGCCACGGAUAUGUAUUACUUCUGGUUGUGCACCAUCUCCAUCCCGGUCUUCUAUAAUCUGAUGUUCCUGGUGGCCAGGGCCUGCUUCAAUGAACUGCAGAACACCAAAGUCAUAUUAUGGAUGGUGUUGGACUACUCCUCAGAUGCUCUCUACUUUGUGGACACUUUUGUGCGAGUCAGAACAGGUUUCUUAGAGCAAGGUCUGCUUGUACGAGAUGUAAAGGUUUUGAAGGAGAAGUACAUGAAAACACGACAAUUCCGACUGGACGUGAUAUCCUUGAUUCCCACUGAUCUUGUCUUCUUUGCAAUCGGAGUCAACAAUCCAGAGUGGAGGUUCAAUCGACUGUUUAGAUCGGCUCGGCUUUUCGAGUUCUUCGAUCGAACCGAAACUCGCACCAAUUACCCAAAUAUCUUUCGAAUUUGUAAUCUUGUACUUUAUAUCAUCAUCAUCAUCCACUGGAAUGCUUGCCUCUAUUUCGCAAUUUCCAAAGUUCUUGGAUUCGGAUCAGACACUUGGGUUUAUCCGACAAUGACAAAUUCGGAAUUUCGACAUCUUACCAGGCAAUACAUUUACUGCUUCUAUUGGUCCACACUGACCCUGACCACCAUUGGGGAAACACCGCCCCCAGUCAACGACAUCGAGUACUUCUUUGUCGUGGCCGACUUUCUCACAGGGGUUCUGAUCUUCGCGACCAUUGUCGGCAACGUCGGCGCCAUGAUAUCCAACAUGAGUGCCGCUCGUGUGGAGUUCCAGGCCAAGAUAGAUUCCAUUAAGCAAUAUAUGCAUUUCCGGAAAGUCACCAAAGACCUGGAGACCAGAGUGGUCAAGUGGUUUGACUACUUGUGGACGGAGCAGAAAACGUGCGACGAAAAGCAGGUGCUCAAGAACCUCCCGGAUAAGCUCAAGGCUGAGAUUGCCAUCAACGUUCAUCUGGAAACGUUGAGCAAAGUACGCAUUUUUCAAGACUGUGAGGCGGGUUUGCUUGUUGAGUUAGUUCUUAAACUUCAACCCCAGGUUUUUAGUCCGGGUGACUACAUCUGCAAGAAGGGUGACAUCGGAAGAGAAAUGUACAUUAUUAAGGAAGGGAAGUUAGCGGUUGUGGCGGACGACGGGGUCACCCAGUUUGUGGUCCUCAGCGAUGGUGCCUACUUUGGAGAGAUCAGCAUUUUGGGAAUCAAGGGUAGUAAGGCCGGAAAUCGAAGAACAGCUAAUAUCCGAAGUGUGGGGUACUCCGACUUGUUCGCCUUAUCCAAGGAUGACCUAAUGGAGGCGCUAACAGAGUACCCGGAAGCGAAGAAUGCUCUGGAAGACAAAGGGCGGGCCAUAUUGAUGAAAGACAAUCUCAUCGAUGAGUCGCUUAUCGGGGUUACCGAUGCCAAAGCCUUGGAAGACAAAGUCAACAACAUCGAGGGAAGCCUGGACGUCAUGGCGCUCAAACUCAGAAAGCUUACAGAACAUUUCGAAUCGUCCCAACGCAAACUCAAACAAAGACUCUCGAAUUUGACAAACGAAGUCACUACCCUGAGCGUCGCUGACGGGUAGCACGGACUCGGAUCAACUCUUCUUCACAGUCAUCUUUAGUUUGCUGUAAACUCAUGGUGGAACUACAAAUUAUGAAUUAUUAUCUGUUUAUGUACACAUACCAAUAAACAAUAUUGGGAACCAUCA